AUGUCUGCGAUAGCUUGGGAAAAUUUCAAGCUUCAUUUAUCCCCGUACCUCUUUGUGAUCUACACCCUGGUCUGGACUUUGGUAUGCUUUUUGGUGGAAUUCAGCCCAACGUUUCGAUCUGGUGCCUACUGGUUAUCAUAUAGCAUAUUUGGAUGCUAUAAUUUAUCAAUUUCAAUUCUAUUUUUUGCUCUAGUUGGGUUGACAACAUGGGAAAAGUGGACGUUUCUAAGAGUGAAGGAUUCGAGAAUAAUUGGAAUUGGUGCUACAGUCUUUUUUCUUCGGCUAGGAGCCGUCUUAUUCUCAUUUGCGGCGAUUGUUCUCUGGGGUGUCGAAUUCUUCUUGGCGUUUGCUGACGAUGUUCGCCCAACGAUAUGCAUCUUCCGGACCUGCCUCUACAUCAUUUUCCACGCUGCUCAACUGGUUUUCAUCUGGAAAAGUCAGAAAAUCGUUUUCCAUUGCGACCGACUCAUUGUCUACUUUGGUCUGGCGCACACCAUCGCUGUGAAUCUAUGGGUGUGGGUGUCGCUGUGCAUCGCAAAAUCAGGGAUAGGCAAGGAUUCGAAUGAGACGUACCAUAUAGAUUAUGACCGGGCAUCUACAUGGGCGUUACAUGCGACAGAAAAACCAACAGUGGUGGACCUUAUUUUUGAUAAGGAUGAGUCCACGUUGCGAGUUGUCAAGCUUUUGGGCAGUUCUGCGAUCACCCUGCUCACUGGAAACGUGGAAUUCUGUCUGAUUGCUGUCGGAGUCUGCCUCAGUCUUCUCUAUACCGUAGCCUUCAGCGAAAACAACAAUCAUCAUAGGAAGGCAAAUUACAUUGGAUUCAAUUACAAAAACACGGAAAUCAGCUUGGCUGCUGGAUACAUUUUGGUGGUCAUUCUUGCGCUUUGCAAUAUUCUUGGAAACAUUCUUCGCGAAAGUCACUACUUGAAGGCAGCUGGAAUGAUAAUGGGGAUCUUCGGCUUGUCAUAUUAUUCGAUUUCCAUCAUUGUCUGUCUCGUUGUCUUCCAUUGUCUGUUCGCCCACAUUAUUCGAAAUCAAGAGUUCAUGCUAUCCGAGAGUCGGGAUGCAAUGCCUCACGAGAAAACCAUCAAUGUCAUUUUUCUUCUAGUCGGAGCCAGUGGAGAAGUAUUGUAUUGCUACAUGGGAUUGCUUGGUGUGAUUCGUGGAGAUGAUUUGUCAGAUGACAAAGGACUUGCCCUCGCUACUUUUGUCAUUCGGGCGUUCGAAGUCCUAGUUCAAUCCCUUCUUCUAUUCUAUCUUUUGAAAAGAGGAAGUCGGAUAGAGCCAUGCGGAACAAUUGGAAAGCAGUCGAUUACAUUUUUGAUUGUUUUGAAUCUCAUUUUGUUUGGGUUCCACACCAUGGAAGUUUUCUAUGCCAUUUUGUUGUCCACUUGGACUCCGCGGCUAGUUAGAAAUUCCUUGAGUCAUUGUAGUGAUUUACGAGCCAAAUUUAAAGGCGCAUGGAAUUUCCUGCACGGAUUCCGCUUGGCUGGCUCAAUCCGUUCAUUCGGGUUUCCGGACAAACUCGAUAGCACCAGCAAAUUAUUUUUCAAGAUCAGUCUUCCACUCGUGGUGUUCUUCCGCUUCCAUGCGUCGGUCUGUUUUGCCGAGAUAUGGAAAAUGUACUUCCAUCUGGACCCCAGGACCUGUAAUUCUUCUGAGAGAGCCCCAAGCUCGCUAUCUGUGAUUACACAAAAUCUCAAUGCGGAGACUACCCAACGAUCGGCAGAGACUCUCAUGGAGUCUCCUAUUCUGGACGAAUACCAGCCGAUGGAUCGUAUACUAAAUCUGAAUACUGUAUGA